AUGGCUUCUUUCAGUUUCAGCACGAUGGAUGAUGAGGAUCAUGACGUGUACGUGGCUCAGUUAAAAGAAGUAUUUGAUAGCUGUGAUACCCGAAGAAUUGGUCGAUUAGACAGAAUACAGCUCAUUGAACUUUGCCAUAAACUUCAGCUGGAUGACCAGAGUGAUAAUUUACUAGAUCAACUUCUUGGAGACGAUCUCGAUGAAAAGGUUGAUUUUGAAGAGUUCAAAGAAGGAUUUGUGUUGGUUUUAUCAAAUGCAGUUGAAGAUGUUAUAGGGAGUGAAAUUGAAAGUGAGGAUGAUGAUGAUUCCAGUGCGGUUAGCAGUCUUGCAGAUACAAACAAUGGGAAAGCCAUCAAUGGUAUUGAACCCAAGUUUGUUAAAGAUGGUAAGAGGUAUGGAAGGCGAUCCAAACCAGAUUUUACCGAUACUGAGAACACGACUACAGAUUACUCCGACACAGAUACAAGUUAUCAAUCACCAAGAAACACUCCAGCUUUGAAUCAUCUGGGUCAUAGAAAAAGACUCUCAUCUAUUGAUAGCGCUGAGGAAGGUACAUUUACCUUGGUUGGUUCUCUCAGUAUUGGCAGGCAAUUGAAUGCCUCAAUGAGUUUGUUGGAAGUAACCAGCCCUACAGAUGAAGUACAAGUCAAAGCUAUAUGGGACGAAGUCGCGGUUGGCCAGAAUGGAUUCUUAAAUGUUCAAGAACUUGCCAUUGUCUGUGAACAUAUUGGAAUGGAUGAAAUGAACAAAGAAGAACUGAAUAAUUUGUUUGAAAAAUUAGAUGUUGACAAAGAUGGCCAAGUUAGUUUUGAAGAAUUUGUGCAUGGCUUAUUCAUACAUGGCUCUGCGUCAGGACUUUCUAUCUCGCCGUCUUUACGUAUGAUUGCAUCUCCUCAGAAAGCCAAAAUGAGAAUGUCAUUAAUGAGUAGUUCCAUGGAAGACCCUUUACAUGUGGCAACUCCAUCUAUAUUGACAUCUACUACUGGAAGUACACUGUUAACAAUGUUAGAUCCAGAUAACACAGGUUUUGUUGAUACAGAAGCAGUGGAAGCACAUUGGCAGUCUCGGGGAAUACAUAAUCCACAUGAAGUUUUAGAGGCCUUAGGAGUUGAUGCAGAAGCAGGGAAAAUCAACAUUCAAGAUUUAUCCACAUCAUUAGAACAAGUAUUGAUGACAUCAGGGGAUGAGAAUGGAGUUUACCAAGCAGCAUUAUCAACAUAUCAAUCGGAACUAAAACACUUGAAAACGCAGCUAGAUACAAUAGGUGGUGAGAAAAACAAAUUACGUGCUGACCUCAAUGAGGCCAAUGCUAGGAAUGCUAAAUUGGUGCAGGAAGUAGAUGAUAGGCAUGCUAAUCUGGAAAAGAACAUGGAGAUGAGAGUGAGACAAACUGAGAAAAAGUACCAGGACAAACUGAAUUCUCUUCAUGCGGAGAUUGAAAGAGAACGAGAAAUGAUUUCCUCUCAGGCAGCCCGACAGAAACAAGCUUUAGAAGACAUUAUCGAUCAGUUGAGGGCCGAAGAAUCUCUACUUAAAGAAAAGCUAGCUUUAGCACAGAAAGAGAACAAUAGAUUGGAAAGAGAAGUCAGGGAAUCAGGGGAACGACUUGGAGAGUAUGAGAAAACCAACCAGAGGCUCAUGAGGGAUUUGGAAGAUUACAAUGUAUUGCAAAAGCGGCUAGCAGAGUUGGAAGCUCAGGAAGAUCGCAUCAAUGAGAAACAGGUUCAAUUUUAUGAACAGAAUUUAAAAGAAUAUCAGGAACAAAAUAGAGGUCUUCGAGAUGAGAAUGAUGAACUACUUCAGCAAGUGCAGCUUCUCCAACAACAGUUAUCUGAUAACAAGGUCCGUAGGAAAGGCGGGCGCUCUCGUGAUCUCACCAAGCCUAACAGAAAUGGCUCUGUGUUAUCAGAUUACGCUAAACCUGUUAUUAUCAGAAGAAAAGAAGAUAAUUCCUCUUCAGAAGAUGAGAGUGAAGCAGAAGAAGACUCACCUGCAAGUUCCGGUAAGAUGAAACGUCGUCAACUCCCAACAGCUAUGAGGUCAGGUGGGGAUGGGGGGUCCAAUGAGGAUGAAGAAGUCCAGAGUAUUGAUAAUGCAAAGCAUGCCGAAGAGAUCCAGCUGCUGAACAAAUCACACACUCAGGAUAUCAACGAGAUGAGGAUAAACUUUGAACGUGAACGUAAAGAUAUUGAACAAGUAUACAAGCUUGAAAUUACAGAAUUGGAGGAUAGUAUGAAAGAACAGAAAGAAGAAUUCAAUCGUAAGAAAGAUAUGUGGAUCUCAAAGCUACAAGAACAGGAAAAGUUUGCCAAAGAGGAGGCUGAGGACAGAGAAAAAAAAUUUAGAAGGGAGCUUGCACAUUUACGAGAGGAACAUGAUCAAGAGAGAAUGGAACUUUUACAAAAAUUUGCAAGAGAGAAAUCCGAGCUGCGGGAUACGUUAGAGGCAGAGUAUAAUUCUGAUCUUGAUAUAAAGAUUGCAGAGGUCAAGAAAAACCUUCUGAGAGAGAAAUCACAUCUAGAAAAACAGUACACUAUAGAAAAGUUGGAUAUUGAAGAAGGUUAUGCCAGGGAGAAAACAGACAGUGAGGUCAUGUAUAAGAAAGGACUGUCUGAUUUAGAACUGCAGUUCACAGAAGAAAAGCAUCAUCUAAAACAGCAGCAUGGAAGGGAAAAAGCUGAAUUGCAACAGAAAUAUAAAGAUGAUAUUGCAGAGUUACAACAGAUAUUUGUAAAAGGUGAAGCUGGUUUGAAAGGGCAGUUAAGAGCAGAUUUUAAUGAACUGCUUGAAAAACAUAAACGAGAACUGGACAUGAACUAUGAGAGGGAGAAACGUGAAAUGGAACUUAUGUUUGAAAGACGGCAACAGGAUCUGCAAGGAGAGGUACAAGAUGAAAAGUCCCAGCUUGCCAAUUCAUACCAUCUGGAAAAAGCUUCCAUGGAAGAAAAGUACAAGAAAGAACUAGAAUCAGAAAAAGCCAUCCUGGAAAAUAAAGUGAAACAAAAAAUUCAACACGAGAUGGAAGGAAAUUUUGUAGAUCAGAUUGAGAGAAUAAAAGCAGCACAUGAAGAAGAUAUUGAUGAUAUUAAAAAAGAGAACCAACAUCUUGAAGACAAAUUAAAUGAGGCUGGAAUUACCAUAGAACAAUUAGAAAAGCGUAUUAAAUCAAUGGAAGUGGAAAAACAGGAAAACAUAUCAAUGAUGAAAUCACAGAGUUCACAUGCAGUGCAACAGAGAAGUACACUGGAUAAGGCUAAAGUUGAGAUGCUGGAAGAGGAAAGAGCUACUUUGAAGAGAGAUCUUAAAGCUACUAAUCAGAAGUUACUUGAAAGCAGAACCUCAAUGUCUCUGGCACAAUCUCAGCAUAUCAGAGAGAUGCAAAGACUACGAGAUCAUAAAAGUGAAAUGACUGAAAAAGAAGUGUUCACAGCAAACAGUAAGCUGGCUGUAAAAGACAAACGCUUACAAGAAUUAGAGAAAUUAUUGGCCGAAAAGGAGUCGGAAUUAAGUGGUGUUUUACACCGUGUCAAGGUGGAACAUGAUAAUGAGAUGAGAAGUUUGAUUGAAGAAAAAACCAACAUGGAAAAGAAACAUCAGAUAUCAAGAGGUCUGUUAGAUGAUAAUCUUAUCAAGUUGAAGGAACAGUUAAACACAUCAACAAAAAGGGACAUGUUAUUAAAAGACUUGUAUAUUGAGAACAGUAACCUCAUGAAAGCCCUGGCUGAUACAGAAGAACGACAGAAAUCAGCAGAAAGAAAUGUUUAUCUAUUAAAUGAUAAAAAUAAAGCUUUGAACAGACUGCUUAGAAAAAUCUGUCCUGCUGCAGUGUAAAUAACCUUCACCACCUUGUAGUUACUCAGGUCAUCAUAUUAACACUGCCAAACCACACCCACCUAAGAUUUCUGUGUGAUGAAACUACUCAUUAAAACAAUUACUAUUCAAAUCAUGCCUAAUAAUUCCUACUACAAAUAAUCAUGGUAACAUUGUUAGAUCCAAGUCAUCCUAACACAUCACACUAUGCAAUGGUUGUACAUAUAUGCAUAACAAGUGUGUAUUUUUUUAUAUAUAACAUCAUUGAGUGAUAUCUAAAUUUUUAACAUUUUCAUAGUAUUUAUAUAAUAACAUUAUAUUUAUUCAACAACCCUAUCGCCAGUAAAUUGAAAUUAAGUAAAUGUGGAUCUUUCAAAGCCAUGUCUAGUAUUCACACUAUAACCAUUAUUGUACAUUAACUGUAUUUUACAACAAUUAUUGGCAAAUACUACUGUUAGUUUAAAUUGUAAAACUUUCUGCCAGUCUUUGUAUGAAUCUUACAUUCCAGAACGCUGAUGUUCAUUGUAUGUUCUUUCAUUUCUUAUUGUCAUAUCCUUAUACACUGUGUAUUUUGUAUUACUUAUUUUUCUACAUUGUGAUGUUAACCUAUCUUUUAUACCAGUAUUUUUAAACCUGGGGUUCAUAUUGACGCUAUAACUUUUUUAUUUUGAAAGAAAGUUCUAUUUCUAUAUCAUUACCACCACAAGUCCCUUUUCCAUAUUCCUUCACAAUUUUCUUGCUUAAUAAAAUUCAUUUCAGACUGAAUUUGUGUCUGCUGGAUCCCAUUUCUGAUGAGCACAUAACUCAGUCUGAUCUGAAUGUGACAUGAAUAAGUUGUUCUCAUCCAUCUCCCCUAAUGCAUCAACAU